AAGAAAGAAUUGAUCUAUCUAAUCUAUUAUAUGAACAGACACUUAUUAAAUUGAUAAUACAAUGGAUUCGAACGAUUGGUUACUUAUCAUUUUAGCAUUCUUAAUUCCUCCAAUCCCAGUGAUUGUUAAAAAAGGGUGUUCAAAUUCAGUCUUUCUUAAUAUUUUAUUAUGUUUAUUAGGAGGGGUAUUCGGUAUAAUUCAUGCUGUUUAUGUAGUUGCUACUAAUCCAUAUGAAAGUCCUUAUUAUGAUUUUGAAAGUUAUAGAAGUUCCAGUUGUUCAUCAAAGAGGAGUAGCAGUUCUAGUCUCCCACACCCCAAUGUAUAAUCCUUCACAUACUCCCUACAAAGUCAUAAUUUAACCCGAUUACUGUACACCUCAUUUAAUUACCUUGUUAACAACAUGUGGAUAAUAUCUUGAAUCCAAAAAAGACAAAGAGGGCAGGAAUUGCCUGAUUAUAUAUAUAUAAGUCAUUACAGAUCUUAUUCUGUGAACGGUUUUCAAAUAUUUGAACAGUUUCAUACUGGCUUGGUAAUUGCAACUUAAUCUUAGUUAGCAAUAAAAUUAAUGCCAAUAUAUACUAAAUUAGUUAAUGUUAAAGGUGGAGAUCUAUACUUUUAUGUUUAUUUAUGUAUGAUUUGACUCUUCGUUAUU